GCCGCUGCAUGAUGUCAUUCAUCACACACUCACACAUCGAACCGGUCGCACUCGCCCGUUUACCCGCGCUGUUUACAUUACCAAACGAUUAUACCAAACGCGGCGACUUCACGACUACUCGUGUUUUGUGAUUUAAUUUAUUAUUAUAGUUUAGUUAAAGGUUAAAAUGGCCAACAAUCGGGCCACCAAGUCUGGAUUUGCCGCUGAAGCACAGAGAAAGAUAAACAGCAAAUACAGUGAAGAGCUCGCUGAAGAAUGCCUGGAAUGGAUCCGGCAGAUCACAGGGGAGCCUGAGAAUACAUCAGGGGAUAUGGACAACUUCUACGAAGUGCUUAAGGACGGCACGCUACUUUGCAAACUCUCCAACCAGAUCCAACCAGGUACAAUCAAGAAGAUAAACGAAUCCAAAAUGGCAUUCAAAUGCAUGGAAAACAUCAACGCGUUUUUGGAAUCGGCGAAGAACUUCGGCGUCCCAGCGCAGGAGACCUUCCAAACUGUUGAUCUUUGGGAGAGACAGAAUCUCAAUUCUGUUGUUAUAUGCCUGCAAUCACUUGGCAGAAAGGCGGGCAAUUACGGCAAACCUUCCAUAGGCCCAAAAGAAGCCGAGAAGAACGUAAGAAACUUCACGGAAGAACAGCUCAGGGCUGGACAAGGAGUUAUUUCUCUUCAGUACGGCUCUAAUAAGGGAGCCAAUCAAAGUGGAAUCAACUUUGGAAACACCAGACAUAUGUAAACAUAAAAAAUGUGUGGGUUUACUAAAGCCGUAUUAUCUUUUUCUUACACAUAAGUCAGACACUGUCGUAGAAAAGGAUGAUAUCUGGCAUUUUUUGGCCCGAGCUAUUCGUAUAUUUUGACAUUCACACUCCUGAAAAGACGAUAUUUUGGCAAAGAUCAAUAUGAACGUACAAGUCAUUCUUGUAAGUAAAUUAUAAAACUGUUUAGGUUAGUAUAUAUAAAAUUGGACUUUUCAAAGUGUUAUUACCUAAUAAUAAGCUAUACUAAUGUACUUACAAAGUAACGAUUACUUAAAGUACGUAUUUAUGGACCAUUGCAGUUAAACUCGAGUGGAAUCUCUAAGUAAAAUAGUAUUUUAUGUUGUGUCAUAAGUCCCAUGUUCAAAAUAAUAAUAUUAUAUUGUUUAGCAUUUAGAUUGAUCAUUCCUGAUUUAUUUCAUAUUUUUGGAUUUAUUUUUUGCAUUAUACUUAAUAAUAAUUAAUUAAUAUUUAAUAUUGAUGAAAUGUAAGUUUCUUUUGAACUUACGGUUAUAGGAAAACAUUUUUUU